AUGUCAUUUUCUAAUGAUAGCAAAGUUGAAGUUUUGCUUAUACAUCAGCAAAUAUAUGAUACUGCACUGACUGAGGGACCAAUAUCAAGAAUGAUUUUUACAUUAUUAAUGUCUCUGUUCUUUACCUAUUUGAAUGGCAUCAUGGUCUACACUCUUUGGAGUAAGCCUGUUUUUAAAGAGACUCCACGCUACAUUCUGUUUAAUCACAUGCUUUUCAAUGACUCAAUACUACACCUUGCUACAUCCUUGUUGUAUAUUUUUGGUGUGGUUUAUCUCAGGUUAUUCAUGACUGCUUGUGCUUUUUUAGUUUUUCUUUCAGUUACAACUUACUAUAAUGCACCUUUAAACCUGGCUCUAAUGUCACUAGAGCGUUAUGUAGCUAUAAACUUUCCUUUAAGGCAUGCUGAAAUAGUCACUAAGAAAAGAAUUUAUAUUGCCAUUGGAGUUAUUUGGUUGAUGGGUCUCAUGUACUUUAUAAUUGACUUGCUUUAUGUAGUAGUGAUAAAGCCUAAAUUUUUAACUUCACAAAUAUUUUGCACAAAAGAAAAGCUCUUCAUAAAGCAGUGGCAAGUAGAUGUCUAUAAGGCCUUUAAUGCAUUCUUCUUUGUGUCAGUGUCUGUGAUCAUCCUUUUCACAUAUGUCAGAAUUUUGAUCACAUCCAGGUCUGUUUCCUCUAAUAAAGGAUCUGCUGCAAAAGCUCACAAGACUGUACUGCUGCACCUCAUUCAGCUGGGCCUGUGCCUUACCUCUUUUCUUUAUGGUAUUAUAGAGGGAGCUGUAGCAAUGGUGAGCACCAAUAGCAGUGUCUUCAUGGACCUGCGGUUUCUAAUAUACGUGUUUGUACUGCUCUUGCCACGCUACCUAAGCCCACUCAUCUAUGGACUGAGAGACGAUGCUGUCCGGCCCUUAUUCAUGUACUACUUUCGUUGUGCCAGAGGCAAAAACACGUCUACUGUCAGUGUACACUGA